AUGCUGAGGUUAUUUGCAAAUUAUGACAAAUUGUUAGUUCGACAUCCCUUUCUUACAAAUGCAUUAACCACAGGUUUUUUAUUUGGAAGUGGUGAUUAUCUUGCGCAAGUAUUUUUUUCCCAGGAGGGUAAAAGAUAUGACUAUGCCAGGACAUCUAGGGCAGCAGUUUUCGGAACCUUUAUUUUCUCCCCUAUUGGAGAUAAAUGGUAUAAAUUACUUUCACGGGUUAAAAAUCCAUUUAUAAAAGAGAAUACCAGUAUUCAUCCCAAAUUGAUAUCUAUUUUAAACGCCAUGAUUCCCGUUGCUAUGGAUCAACUAAUAUUUGCGCCAUUCAUUGGAAUUCCACUUUAUUAUACUUCAAUGUCAGUUCUUGAAUUCAAUGGUUCUCCAUUGGAGACUGCAAAAAUAAAACUUACUAGAAGUUGGUGGGAUACCCUAAAAACCAAUUGGGUUAUAUGGCCUGGUUUCCAGCUAGUAAACUUCAUUGUUGUUCCUGUAAAUUUCAGGCUCUUGGUAGUAAACUUAUUCAGCAUCAGUUGGAACUGUUACUUAAGCUAUGUUUUCAAUCAUCGUGAAGAGGGGCACAUUUUGAAUCAAGUAGCAGAGGUUAAAAGCGAAGACCAAAUUACUAUCUGA